AUGGCAAUCCGUCAUAAAGAGAAGUUAUUUUCAAAUGGAGAUGUCUAUAUUGGUAGCUUCCAAGGUAACCUUUGUCAUGGUAACGGAAAGUUUACAUGGUCAAGUGGAACAAUAUACGAGGGUAAUUGGAUUGAUGGAGAUUUGUCAGGAAAAGGAAAGAUCACAUGGUCAUCAGGAAAUAAGUAUGAGGGUCAAUUCUAUAAGAAUUUUCUCCAUGGUAAAGGCACUACAACUUGGAAGGAUGGAUGUAUCUAUAUUGGAAAUUGGGAAAAAGGUAAAAAAGAAGGAAGAGGGACUAUCAAGUGGGCUAACGGUAGUGUUUUUGAUGGUUUUUGGUCAAAUGAACUUAGGAUGUAUGGAGUUUAUAGAUUUGCAAAUGGAGAUGUCUACAUCGGCAAUUUCAAGAAUAACCUUCUCCAUGGCAACGGAAAGUGUACAUGGUCAAAUGGAACAAUAUACGAGGGUGAUUGGGUUGAUGGAGAGAUGUCAGGAAAAGGCGAGGUCACAUGGCCAUCAGGAACUAAGUAUGAUGGUGAAUUUUAUAAGAAUUUUUUCCAUGGUAAAGGCACUAUAACUUGGAUGGAUGGAUGUAUCUAUACUGGAAAUUGGGAAAAAGGUAAAAAAGAAGGAGGAGGGAUCAUGAAGUGGGCUAAUGGUACUGUUUUGGACGGUUUUUGGUCAAAUGGACUCAAGAGGUCUGGAGUUUAUAGAUUUGCAAAUGGAGAUGUCUACAAAGGUGAAUUCAAAAGUGACAUUUUCAAUGGCAUCGGAGAGUACAGAUGUUCAAAUGGAACAAUAUAUAUGGGCUAUUGGGAAAAUGGAAAAAUGAUAAAGAUAAUAUGGAAGAUAAAUGAUCCUCAAAAUAUUGUUGGAGUCUUGUAUCAUGAUUUCUCGUCCACAUUGAUCCCUGAUGGUUUGAGUUUUAUGACUAUAAAAAGGAAAUAUAACCAAGGAGAUGUGGAGAAAAUUAGACAGGAUAUUAUGGACAAAGGGGAAAAUAAAUCUAUUGUGAAGCAAGUAAAUAAGAGCUCACCUAUAUGGAAAUUUUUAAAGACUUUCAAAUCUAACUUGGAAUUUAUUUUGCAACUUUGCAGCAGCGAUCAAGACAAUGUGAAAAGAUCAUCUCAUUGA